AUGCCUCUUUUGACGAGGGGUGAAGAAUGGCUUAAGUCUGAUGAAUGUUCAUCUGAGGCGAGUAUCCACGUAUUCUUUCAUUAAAUGUUGUUGAUCUUUUGACGAUUAUCUGAAAUUUAAAAAAUCUGUACCUCGGACAUAUUUCUCCGUACUAAACUUCUUUUCUUUUUACCUUCUGUAAAUUGAUCCAGUCGUUGUAUUAACCAUCGGAUGUUUUUUUUAAAGGAUGUUGCUGUAGUUUUGAGAGACGUCUUAGAAGGUUUGAAUGCACUCCAUACAAAUGACAUUUGCCAUGGCUGUGUUCACCUUCAAAGUGUGUUGGUCGAGAAAGUGGAUGGACAGUUUAGAGGACGACUCGAUUUUUAUCCUUUUAUCAACACGGUGAGUUUUUGUCACCAGUUACUUUUAUUCUUUUUAUUUAACGCCUUAUUCACACUAAUUCGUUUCUAACUAUAUGGAAUUGUUGCAGGAAUUCAUUGCAGGCAAUAGCAAUAUCAACUAAGUUGAUAACUUGUGUGAUUAGUUUUCGAAAUCAGUGACAGGCAACGAUUUGUUCUUUUUUCAGCAAUGCAAUAAAGCUCGGGAAAUGAAGUUUUUUGGUGAUUUGAUGGUGAAGGUACGUAACCGUUAUUGACAGUAUUGCAGUUUCACCAACAUGUUACUUGAAAAGUGAAUUCGCGUACUUUCAAAAUAAUCUAAAACAAUACACCAGGAAGUUUCAGGUCGUAGUCUCCCUGAGAAUUUAAACCGGAAUGUACCAAAAGGUUUGAUGCAUGUACAGCUGGUUUUGUCAGGGAGCUAAAGCAACCACUACGACGACAGAACCAAUUGCUUUUGAAUUUCAUAGCAAAGCAGGAGCUCUGCUCGCUGCAUUACACUUUUUGGUUCAUUUCUUUGAUGUCCAUGGUGCAACUACUAUGAGAAACUUCCAAUGUCAUGUUUUGUGAGGACGUGAGCAAACGACUAGUGGGGCAAAUUUAUUGUUAUUUUUUUUACUUUGGAUACAGUAAUUAAAAAUUCAACUCCAGGAAAAUUCACCCAUAUUUGACAAAUUAAGCCGAGGCAAAACAGACGUGAUUAAAUUUAUUUGAAAAAGGAGACAUUCCUUUUUUGUGAUGUUUUCUCUGCUGUUGUCCUUCAGGGGUCUAUUUAAUAAACCUUUUACAAGUGUAGUUUACCAGUUUAGCCAUUGUUUUAGACUCUGAAAACAAUAGCUACACUUGUAAAUUACACUUAAAGAAGUUUAAUCAAAUUGACCCCUGGUUGCUUAUCCCUUUAACUUGAUCUUCAUGUAACUUCUCCUUGUAAUAUCAAUACAUUGUCCAGCGAACAAGGAGUGAUCAGAAUAGGCCAAUUUAUCAACUUGAGGAUCUUAUCUUGAUAUAACUUCAAAAUUCUCUUAAAUAAUGUACAAAAGAAUAAGCAGCAGACAGAAAAGAAGAAAUACUAGUCAGAUCUUUGGAACUAACUUCCUGUUUCCCAUCGCUGUUUUCGCCAUACUUGCCUAAGCACUCCAUUGUCGCUAUUUAAUCAGUGAGAUGUUACUGAACUGGAACGUUGCUCUUGCCAAAUUGUAAGCCAUUUAUUAAUGUUACUACUUUUGUAAAUAUUGCUGUUGUCUUGCAGAUGAACUUUCCAAACAAGGAUCACACGACCACUUUCUCGCAACUGACAGAGGUAUUUGCUAUAAACCUAUAA